AUGGACCACCUCCCAGAAAACCUCCAAACCGUCCUGAACAACCCAACAAUCUCAUUUCUCCGCUCCACGGUACAAUCACAGCUGACGUCCCAGCUAUCCAACAUCCGCACCGCCUAUGUCGAUCCAUACCUCAUAACCCCGCUGUCGAACGUCCUCGCCUCCACCGCAGGCUCAUCCGGCAUGCCCGACUUCAUCACCAUCUUGGUCCUCGCCGGUACCAUGCUGGUCUCCCUGAUACUCCUCGACUACCUGCGCCGCAUGAUAAUGUGGUGGGUGCGCAUGAUGGUCCGGUUCAUCUUCUGGGGCACGCUGAUCGUGCUUGGGUUGCAUGUUUACCGGGUAGGCCUUGAGAAUGCCGUGGGCGAUUUAGGGAAGAUUUGGGGGUUUGUUGAGGGCUUUGUCCAGCAGUCGAAAGAUGCGGCUGCGGGAUCGCAGGGCGCGAAAGUAGGCCGGGGUGGUUGGGGCGCUGGCUGGGGCUAG